UGUGAAGUUGAGUACCUAAGGAAUGGAGAUGAAACAAAGAAAACGAAAGAAAGAAAAUGCGGAAGAAACAUUAAUGAACAAAAAAAUGAGCUAGAGUGGAAACCAGAGCAUUGUGCACACCUGAUUGGCAAAGUGAUUAAGCUUACUGAUGAGCAAGGAAAUAAGAAAUGCUAUUACGAGAGAUUUAAGUUUCGUGGCGAAAAAUAUGGACUAGAGCACUCUGUGCUAUUAUUUCCAGAGGACGCGUCAAAAGAACCCUAUGUUGCAAUCAUAAAGAAGACCAAUGGUUUUAUCGUCCAUAAGAUGUGGAUAAAAAAUAUGUUAGAAACUGGAAAUCCAAAGACGCAAGAGACAUCUUCUAAAAAUGAAUGCUCUGUGUAUUUUGUGCCAGAGAAUAAGCAAGUCACAAACUAUGGCUUUAUUGUGCAAAGGAUGAUUUCAAGAGUUGGUGAUCUUCUUGACAUUCAGAAGAAGCCACACACUAGUAUGUCAAGGCGUAUGCAGUUAGUUUCAGAAAAGUUCAUUAAAAAGGUUAAAAGAACACAACCUGAAAACAUUAUU